AUGGAAUUAAGUGUAAAAUGUGCUUAAAGUUUGAACAAAUUGAGACAUUUUGGAUUAUGCAACAAAUCACAGAUGGAAUUUCUUUGAUUUUAAAGUGAAGCAAGAAAGUAAAUUACUGCGAAUUCUAAAAGCAAAAGAAAACAAAGAAGAAUCAAUAAGGAACCAAAAUCAACAGAAAUUUGAACAAGACAAUUUUAUUACUAAUUAAUUAAUUUAAGGAUGAUAGACAGUAUGAAGCAUCUGACAAUUGCGAUUAUAUUAACGUUUUUUAAAUAUGGAAUAGUGUCAUUAUCAGAUUUCGAUCAGCAGCCGCCCGACGCUAUUUCAACAAUCAACAAUAAGCACUAUCAAUUUCACAAUGAUUACGAUGAAAAUUCAUUUAACGAGGGCAAUGAGAAUAGCGAAACAGUGCAGAGUGCUUUAAAUCGUGGACCAUAUUUUGAUAUUUCAGCAUCGAGAAAUGUUACGGCACUUGUUGGCAGUACAGCUUAUUUGAAUUGUCGUGUUAAGAAUUUAGGAAAUAAAACGUUGACAUGGAUUAGGCAUCGAGAUCUGCAUUUAUUAACAAUUGGAAAGGAGACGUACACACAAGAUCAGAGAUUUCAAAGUGUCCACAAUCCACAUACAAAUGACUGGUCACUAAAGGUUCUGUAUCCACAACAAAAGGAUAGUGGUGUUUAUGAAUGUCAGAUUGGUUCAUCUCCACCUGUAGGAUAUUCUAUGGUUCUUUCUGUUGUCGAACCCAUAACAACAAUCCUCGGUGGUCCUGACAUGUACAUCGAUGUUGGCUCAACCAUUAAUUUGACAUGCAUUGUAAAGCAUUUGCCUGAACCGCCGCCAGGAAUUUAUUGGACACAUAAUGGAAUUGAAAUCAAUUAUGAUUCGCCUAGAGGUGGUGUGAGUGUCAUAACGGAGAAAGGCGACAUAACACAAUCCUAUUUGCUAAUUCAACGAGCUCGACCUUUCGAUAGUGGAAAAUAUAUUUGUGUACCAUCAAAUGCCAAUUCCGAAACUAUAAACGUCCAUGUACUCAAUGGUGAGCAUCCAGCAGCGAUUCAAGCCGCAAGUCAUCUACAAAUUAGAUCAUUUUUACUGAUAUUAGUUUCACUAAUUAUUGUAAUUACAGUUGGUGGCAAUAGAUAACUCUCAAUAGCUUCAAUAUUGUAAAUAAAAUUAACG